AUGAAGUGUGUUGUGCUGCUGCUCGUCGCUCAGAGCUUCUCGCUCGUCCCGCCUCGGUGUCUCCGCUGUGAAGGGACGAGCUGCGACUGCUCCAGACAGAACCUGACCAGGGUCCCUGCGGCCGCCUCGCCGCUCGUCUCUGAUCUCGAUCUCUCCUUCAACCGACUUGAGGAAAUACUGAAGCACGACUUCCUGACAUACGGCAGUUUGAAGGCGUUGCUCAUGAACAACAACGAAAUCCGAAGCGUCCAGGACGAAGCGCUCGUCCCCCUGAUUCGUCUGGAGAGACUGGACCUGUCCCACAACAGACUGGAGACGUUGUCUUCCGCUUGGUUCCAGAAGCUUUCUUCUCUGCUGUACUUGAAUCUCUUAGGGAACAAAUACACAACGGUGGGUGACGGCAACGUCUUCCAGGGACUGAGGAGGCUGAGGAUUCUACAGGUGGGAGGGGCGUCCCUCCAGUCCGUCAAGAGAGGACACUUCUCGGGCCUCUCUGACGUUGACCAGCUGUUCUUCGAUGGGAGGAAUCUGCAGGAGUACGAGGAAGGAGGUCUGAAGGAAACCGGGCCAAUCGGCCUGGUGACGCUUGAUCUGAACGGUGUGUUUGCGAGGAACCCGGCGAUUGUGCGAUCCAUACUGUCGGACGUUGUGUAUCCAAACACAACUCUGACUUUCACAGACACGUCUUUCCUGAGGAAAACCCUCGUGUCCCCGUUCGGAUUUGCUGCCAAUCUCGGCGCCACAAGCAUUGUCUUCAGAAAUGUGAACAUGUCAGUCGCAGCUUGUAAGGAGAUCCUGAAUUUGCUGUCGCGCUCUAAUCUAACUUCGUUGACUUUGGACGGCGUGCAGAUGCUCCAAACUCACGAGACGGCCUCUCUGGAUCAGUUGCAAAUGCACAGUUUGGAGGCUAUCGUCUUGAAAAACAUAGAAGUCACCAGUUUCUACAACUUUCCAUCACUGGUUUUCCUGAAGUCUCUGAUGACAUUGGCGCGCAGGGUGUCCCUGCUCAACUCCAACUGGUUUGCGAUUCCUUGCGAAGUCAGCAUCGAUUUCACAGAGCUGCAGUUUUUGGAUAUCAGCGACAACAUAUUCAGCGAUCUGACCCUCAGUGAGCUGAUGUGUUACGGCGGAGGCGUCCUGCUGGGCCUGCGAACCCUCAACGUCAGCAGGAAUCACCUGCGGUCCGUCAGCAGCCGUCUCUUCGCCGAGCUGCCGAAGCUUCAAAACAUCGACAUGAGCGGAAACAGGUUGAAGGACAUGCCUGAGUGCUGCCGCUGGCCGGACAGCCUCCGCUUCCUCAACCUCUCUUCGUGUCACCUGACCGCGGUCACUCGGUGUCUGCCGCCGAGUCUGCGAGUUCUCGAUCUGUCGAACAAUCACCUGACUGAGUUCGACACUGAAUUACCGUUUCUCACACACUUGGACGUCUCCGGGAACAAGAUCGGUAAUUUGCCGGCGGGAGGACUGUACCCUCGUCUCACAGUUCUCUCCGUUCAGAACAACAACUUACAGAAACUCAGCAGCAAAGAUCUUCAGGCUUACAAGGCGCUGAGGAGACUGAAGGCCGGCGAAAAUCCAUAUUUCUGUUCGUGCGAGUUUGUUGCCUUCAUGACGGGCGGCCGAAUGAAUCAUCGGAAGCUGCUCGGAGGAGAGUUGGACUUUUACGUCUGCAGCUCGCCCGACGCCGAGCGAGGGCGGCGGGUGUCCGACGUGAGGCUGCCGGCGUUCCGGUGCCACACGGCCUCGGCUCUGGCCGCGCUCUGCUCGGGCAUUCUGGGAGUGUGUCUGCUCGCUGCGGCAGCGUGGCGCCGGUUCAGCGUCGGGUGGUACAUCAGGAUGACCUGCGCCUGGCUGAGAGCCAAGAGGAAGCCCAGGUUGAAGAAGGGGCCGCCGCAGUACGACGCCUUCGUGUCCUACAGCGACAUGGACUCCGCCUGGGUGGAGACGCAUCUGGUCCCGGAGCUGGAGCAGUCCCACCCCCCGGUCCGACUCUGCCUGCACAAGAGGGACUUCCUCCCCGGAGGGUGGAUCCUUGACAACAUCAUGGACGCCAUCGAGAAGAGCCACAGGACGCUCUUCGUCCUGUCUCGCCACUUUGUGAGGAGCGAAUGGUGCGUGUACGAGCUGGACUACACCCACUUCAGGCUGUUUGACCAGAACGACGACACGGUGGUGCUCAUCCUGUUGGAGCCCAUCGACAAGAGAACCAUCCCCAAGAAGUUCUGCAGGCUGCGGAGAGCCAUGAACUCCAGGACGUACCUGGAGUGGCCAGCGGACGGCGGUCAGCUCGCCGCUUUCUGGAAGAGACUGAGAGCAGCAAUUCAAAGACACGACUGA